GCUGGCAGACGUUGCUUUGCAAGAUAUGGCGAAAAAUGUCGUCGACUUGGUGGAUGGUACCGGAAUGCAACAAGAGCCUGUUGGAGUGACAGUAACCCAAAAUCGUUGCCAAAGAAAUGACACGGUCGCAUACGAGAUCGCGGAGAGCGCUCUACUGACGAUCAAUACCAAUACUUUAUUCCCCACUGGCAUACCGCUUGAUUUUUCCAUUUUAAUCGUCGCAAGACCAAAGAUCGGGUACCCGGCUGCCACGUUGUUUGCCAUCUACAGCGAUAGCGGUGAAGAACAGUUGGUGCUAUCAUUGGGCAGUGACGUCACUCUUUACUAUAGUACAACCCCGGAUGACGAGGACAGGCCUAUUUCGUUCGGGAUUAAUAUUUCUGAUGGGAAAUGGCACCGUUUAGGAAUCAGCAUUAAAGGCGACACUGUCACGCUGAUCGUUGACUGCGCUAAACAGAUAUCCAGAGCAUUGCGCAGAAAUUACGAUGAAACGAUCAGUGUCAGUGGUAUCAUAAUCAUUGGUCAGCAGAUCGUUGACGGCAAUGUGUAUUUGGGUGGCUUGGAGAUGCUGAGGAUUGCUCCGAUUCCAGACGCAGCUUACGAAAUUUGCACAAUUUUCGCGCCGGAUUGUAGAAAUCAAACGAGGCACAGAUUUGGCCAAAGAAAUUAUGCAAAUGUGAGAAUUCAUGGUCCUGCAAUACGCACCACCUCAUCAACUUAUUACGAGGGUUCGACGAACAUUGGUACCAGUCAGACAGUUCGAAACUCUACGUAUCCUGGUGAAGCGGUUCCAACAAGUAGAUCGUAUUAUGAAACGAACUAUAAUAACUAUAACAAUUAUAACAGAAGCUACGGUAGAGCAUCGACAGUAUCUGCGUUAAAUGCUUCCAACAAUGGGCUAAGCGAAGAUUUCGAGAAAGAAACGGAGGAGGACUAUGAGGAAGGAACUGAAGAAGGUAACGAGGAUGCAUCGGUUGAAGAUAACGAAGACUAUAAUUUAAAUUAUAGAUCCACGACUGCAACGUACACAUUGAGACCAACCAUCGAAGCUUUUCUUCAUAAUCAAAGUGCUGUUUUCAAUAGUAUCGAUGCAACUAUUGUAGAUCAGUAUCAAACGACCACGCCAGAAAUGCCUGAAACUUCUGAUAAUAUAAUUGGAGAAAUUCAAGGAGGCUUAAGAUACUCCGAGUCUUCUGGAGGAUCGUAUUACCCUGCGUAUUAUAGUGUUCGGGGCUCACCUGGGCCACGAGGAUUUCCAGGACCUCCAGGAGUGUCUGGGCCAUCUGGUAAAAAAGGAGAACCAGGGAGAGACGGACUGUCUGGUUUGCAAGGCUCGGCCGGUCCACCGGGUAACGUUUUCAUUAUACCGGCAAUGAAUCAACAAGGCAACGAGAAAGGACCGGACACUCAGGUGGAAGCUUUGAGGCAAAUGCUUUCGCAGCACAUGAUGGCCAUGAGAGGUGCCGAAGGUCCUAUGGGUCUGACAGGUAUUCCAGGACCUGAAGGACCUCCUGGACCCCAAGGUCAGAAGGGAGAACCUGGAGAAGUUGGCGAAUCUGGAUCUCAUGGUGAAAGGGGUAUUCCUGGAAACACUGGUAGGGAAGGUAGACGAGGACGACCUGGCAGAGAUGGAGAACGAGGACUAAGUGGACCACCAGGAAUGAAAGGAGAACAAGGUGUACCUGGAUUGCCUGGAUUACCAGGAGAUAAAGGAGAAAGGGGACUACCAGGUGCUACUGGCGAGCCAGGUUUGCCAGGUCAUGAAGGGAUGCAAGGUGAUGAUGGUCCUCCAGGUUUACUAGGGUUGCCUGGUGAAAUGGGACCUAGGGGAUUCAUAGGACCACGAGGUUUUCCCGGAUUACCAGGGAACCAUGGUAUCCCUGGAAGUGAAGGUCCACCAGGAGCUAAAGGCAACACUGGUCCACUUGGGUCUCUUGGUUCGCCAGGAUCUCCUGGCCCAAUCGGACCUGUAGGUCCACCUGGACCUCAAGGUCUUUUGGGUCCAACUGGUUUAGUUGGACCACAAGGAAAGCCAGGGAUUCCUGGCCUUUCCGGAGCAGACGGAUCUCCCGGACAUCCAGGGAAUCCAGGUGUUCCUGGAAUGAAAGGCGAACAAGGGCCACAAGGUCCACAAGGACCAAUAGGUUUUCCAGGAGUCCGUGGUGUGAAAGGUGAUGAAGGUAAACGUGGAUCCCCUGGUGAACGCGGAGAAAAGGGGGAGAGAGGUGCAGAGGGAGAAAAAGGUGAUGCAGGAGGAAAGGGAGAGCCUGGUCUAGCAGGUCCACAAGGAAUUCCUGGUUUGGAAGGAUUAGAGGGAUCAAAAGGUUUCGAGGGACCACGUGGUGAAACUGGACCAAUCGGUCCACAUGGUGAAAAGGGAAAAGUUGGUCCUCCAGGUUUUGUUGGAUAUCCUGGAAACCUUGGUGAAAAGGGUGAUAAAGGUCAGCCAGGAAGGGAAGGUCCUAACGGGGAUAAAGGAGAAAGGGGAAAUAAUGGCGCUCCAGGGGAACGUGGUGAACCAGGACCUAGAGGAUUUAGAGGAGCUCGUGGAAGACGUGGUGCCGAAGGAUUACCAGGACCAAAGGGUGACACUGGGCAGCCAGGUCCUCCAGGAUUGCAAGGGGAACCGGGUUCUCCGGGUGUUGAAGGUCCUCGUGGUUUCGUCGGACCUCCUGGACAAGCUGGUCUCGAUGGAAAAGAUGGAAUUGGUGGUCCUCCUGGAGAACGUGGACCAGUGGGUGAUUCAGGGCCACCAGGUCCUCCAGGUACACCCGGUGUUAUUGGACCACAAGGUCCAGCUGGUGAACCUGGUCAACCAGGAGAACUUGGAAGUCCAGGAAAUCCUGGAAUGCCUGGCGAAUCAGGUCCCCCUGGUGAACAAGGAAAGGAAGGACCUCCAGGACCUCAUGGCUUACCAGGAAAGGAAGGUCCGCCAGGGCCUGGUGGUUUACCAGGAUUUCCUGGUGAACGAGGAUUGAGCGGUUUACCGGGUAUGCCAGGUACAAAGGGAGAAAUAGGACCAACUGGACCUCAAGGUCCAUCAGGUGAUAAAGGUGCUCAAGGAGAGCCUGGGAAGGAUGGUGAACCAGGACCUCAGGGUAGCCAAGGACCAAAAGGACCACUAGGACCAGUUGGUUUGAAGGGUGACAGGGGUGAGUCUGGGCCAGCAGGGCCUAUUGGACGAGAUGGUUUACCAGGACAACGAGGAUUGCCAGGUUCUCCUGGUCCUGUUGGAGUUCCAGGAGAGGACGGCGAUAAAGGAGAUAUCGGACCUCCUGGUGAAAAAGGAUUCAAAGGAUCUCAAGGAGAAAUGGGUCCUCCAGGAGCAUUUGGAACACAAGGACUUCGGGGUGAACCCGGUUCUAUUGGCCUACCAGGUGAAAAGGGACCACCCGGGGAAAUUGGAAGACAAGGAACAAAAGGUGAAGAUGGUCCCGUUGGUGCAUCAGGCCCCCCUGGCCCCAUAGGACCGCAAGGAUUGCCUGGUCCACCUGGAUUAAAAGGAGAAUUUGGAGAUGCUGGUGCAGUUGGACCCGUAGGACCAGCAGGAAGUCCUGGCGAACAAGGUCCAAGAGGUCCUAAAGGAUCUGAAGGUUCACAAGGUCCUUUAGGACCAGAGGGUCGUCAGGGAGAGAAAGGAGACGCUGGAGCAUCAGGACUUCCAGGCUUAACAGGCCCGGAAGGAAAGCUGGGUGAAAGAGGUCCUCCAGGACCGAAAGGAGAAGAAGGAAAAAGUGGUCCACCAGGUCCACUCGGUAGUCGUGGCAUAAAUGGUCCAGAAGGACCAAAGGGUAACGCGGGACCACCUGGUUUCCCUGGACCUCCUGGAGAACCAGGUUUAGUCGGUUCAAAAGGAGAACCUGGAAAAGAUGGUGAAGAUGGCAAAACCGGAGAUCCUGGCGCAGCAGGAGAAACUGGCCCUCCAGGAAAAGAAGGAUUUCCUGGUCCACCUGGAAAACAAGGACCUGAGGGUCCAGCAGGAGUGCAAGGGAGUCCAGGUUUGCCUGGGGAAAAAGGAGAUGUAGGUCCGUCUGGUGCACCAGGACCACACGGUGCUACAGGACCUCAAGGGGUACCAGGACCAUCUGGCCUGCCCGGUGUAAGAGGUCUUCCAGGACUUGCUGGAGAAAAUGGUCCACCAGGAAUGUCAGGAGCUGUUGGUGUUCCAGGAAAAGUUGGACCUGUUGGACCGAAAGGUCCAAAGGGUGACAGAGGUAAAAGGGGACUCAAAGGGCAUCGAGGCGAUCUAGGACACGUAGGGAUCAAAGGAGAGCAAGGAGAAAAAGGAGAACAAGGUCCUCGAGGCAGUCCAGGAGUUGAAGGACCCAAGGGUAACCAGGGACCAUCAGGUGUAUUGGGCUUCAAAGGAAACGAUGGACCUCCAGGACUUCCUGGGAUGGAAGGGCCACCAGGUCCUAAAGGGAGCGCUGGAAACGAUGGACCAAAAGGCGAAAUGGGCCCUAUAGGACCUCCAGGUCCUCCUGGACCACCUGCAGAGCAACCAAUGAUUCCUCCGGAAUUGUUGUUCACCAGGGAACAAAUCUUGAGGAGAAAACGUGAUAUUACGACAAACACAAACGAGGAAGACGAAAAUGACAAAAGUUCAGAAAACUUGGAUAAGGAAGAUAAUCAUAUCGAAGAGGAAUUAGGACCUAAAUUCUUGGAUAUGUACAGUUCGAUAUACGCUAUGAGGCAAGAACUGGAUCGAAUACGUAAACCAAUUGGAAGUAGAGAAAAUCCUGCAAGGACUUGUAAGGAUCUGUUUUACGGGCAUCCACACUUUCAAGAUGGUUGGUAUUGGAUCGAUCCAAACUUAGGAAUGGCUGACGAUGCUGUGUACGUUUAUUGUAACAUGACGAAUACUGGCGAAACUUGCGUGUACCCUGAUAUUCAUACAACUCAAAUGCCAAACAUACCGUGGAGAAAAGAAAACAAUAAAACGGAUUGGUAUUCAAAUCUGCGUGGAGGAUUUAAAAUUACAUACGAAACUAUCGGAGUAGUACAAUUAAAUUUUCUACGUUUACUGAGCCAAGAAGCCUAUCAAAAUUUCACAUAUACUUGCAUCAACAGUGCUGCUUGGUACGAUACUUUGAAUUUUACGUACAAUUCCUCCUUACGGCUGCUUGGCGCGAACGAAGAUGAAUUUUCGUACACCGCUACCAAGCCACAAAUCGUAACAGACAAUUGUAAAGCGCGCAAGAAUAAAGGGGAAACGGUGUUCUUAAUCCAAAGUAAAAUAUUGCAACAGUUACCAUUGGUGGAUUUCUAUCCGGUCGAUUAUGGAUUACCGCAUCAAGCGUUCGGUUUCACGGUUGGGCCAAUUUGUUUUAAGUAA